UAAGUACGAGGUAUCGCGAGACCAACAACCGGUGAUUAUCAAUUUUAUUAAAACGCCUUUAAAAACUCCUCCAAUAUCUUAUCAAUAAUAUAGAUUUUGGCGUAGAUAGCGUUUUGUCGUUAUUCAAUAGAGGUUAGAUCUCCAAUCUUUAACAAAUAUCGAUAACAUACUCAAACACAAACGAAUUAGUUGAACCACGUUUUCUUCUAAAUUUUCAAAAGCCGAACUUUUCUCAACAUCCAUUAUCGACAGCACGUCCAGUUUUGUCCCACCUGAACGAAUGAUCGAAGAAAAUAAAUACAACGGCAACUUUUUCUAUCGUGAACUGACGAAUGGGGUAUCACCGGAUAUCGGCAAAACUUUGCGGAAACUUUUUUGAUAAAAUGCACGAGACGCCACUCUUAGCGCACAAACUUUAGAAAGUUGCAACCGAAUUUUCAAUCCGUGACCAUCGAAAUGCAUUUAGGAUAUGUUGCGAACCGAAGUGGAUUUGAAUGUCUGGUAAAGUUGUGAAUUUUACCUGCAAUCUCAAAUACACGUAAAGUCAUUUAUUCAUACUUCCAAUUUAACUUUAACAUGAUGAUAAGUUCUUUCCCCGUUAAAUUACAUUUAUGAAAUAUAGCUCUAAAGCAUUUACAACCAAAUCAAUUACCCACCGUGUAAAAAUAAACGUGUAAUGUUACAUCAAUACCGUUACCAUGGGAAUUAAUAAUUUAAGGUUGGGUUAAGGGUUGUAUUGUCGCAAGGGUUCGUCGUCUAAAAUGGCCAAGAAAGGCCAGGUUCAACUACAAGUUGAAGUCGCAAAUGACGACGACUGGGCUAAAUUAUUAGAGAGAGAAGGGCUAAUAUUUGUCGAUGUAUAUACGGAGUGGUGCGGGCCAUGUUCUGCAAUGGCUGGAAAUUUAAAGAAGAUCAAAUUAGAAGUGGGUGGGGAUAAUCUACAUUUGGCUGUGGCUAAAUGCAACAACAUAACGGAUUUGGCAAGAUUUAGCUCUAAAAGUGAACCAACAUGGAUGUUCAUAUCCGGAGGUAAACUGGUCAAUUUAGUAUUCGGAAUAAAUUCCCCGAGCUUACAAAGAUUGCUUCUGGAGGAAUUGAAAAAUGAACAAGCUGUAAGAGAAGGGACUUUGCAUAGAGAAGGUGUUGAUAUAACCACUCUUUCACCACAAGAACAAGCCGAAAUCGACCUGAAAAAUGAAAAGAAAAAAAGAAAAGAGGAAAAAGAAAAUGCUGCUAAAAUAAAGGCACGAGCAGAAAGACUGCAAGUAAUCACAGAUGCUGUUGCGCAAAUUCCACAGCAACGUUUUGGGUUCUUUUUUAUACAUCCUUACGCUCAUGACAGAAUGGAUCUUGUGAAAGAUACAAUAUGGACUGUACAUAAACAGGCAAAUUCCGAAAAGAUUGACUUGACUACUAUUAACUUAGACGAUUUGUUGUAUUAUUCGGAUUAUCGAUUCCCACCGGAAGUUUUAGAACAAGCGGCAACCGCUAAAUGUACAGCUUAUGUAGUUAAAAAUGAUGAUCCCGAUGUUGAUAUGGACGAAGAACUGGCACAACUCGUAUAUGGAGAAUCGAAAGUACCUCCUGGCGACCCUGACUCCUUGGGGGAUCGUUUACUAACUCCUUACACCCCACCAGAACUUACUGCAGACCAAAAAAUGGAUCAAAUGCAAAAGGCAGCAAGUGCAGUAAAAGCAGAAACAGUACCAGAAGAACAACAGGAAGAACAGCCACAACAAACAGAACCAGCUGCCCCCGAAGAAAAGGAACAAGUUAUGAUGGAAGGUAUUUGGAUACCAUCUAACGAAAGAACUCGACAUAUGGCUAUGUAUUUGUUCUUUCCGGCUAUGGCCAGUGCUCACGUCCCACCAGAACCUGAACCUGAACCACCACACAUUGCUGUGGUCUAUGAUACUUGGAAACAAAAUGAUAUAUUAUGCGCUAUGGAAGACUAUCCAAACGAAGUAAUGCAUCUGGGAUUCUUUACUGAUGAAGACCCAGAUGUUGCUACGUUGAUUUGUAAGACACCAGCAGCUUAUGCGCGGAGAAGAGCCGAUCAACCAGGAAAACUAGUAAUACAAUUAUCUAAGAAACACAGUACAACUGUGUAUGCAUUUGGUCAAAUCGGACCGACAUAUAUGAGUAUAGAUGAGGAAGUUGGUGAAGAAGAUUGCGAAAAAUUCUUUCCAGAGGGUUACGGUGAUGAUGAAGAUACUAGUAAAUUCGUUGCGUUACAUGUACCGAAAGCCGAAGACUAUGGAUUUGUCGAAGGUUUAGCUGCAGGAGAUGAUCACGAGCACUUUGUACAUGAAGAACUCGAAGACGAAGAAGUCCAAGAUGAAGACGACGGACAAUAUGAAGAGGAGGAAGAAGAAGAAGGAGAUGUGCAACCACCCGAAGUAGUUUCUUAACCACUAUUACUGCUUUCAUUACAUGUACCUACCUAACCAUUUCCUCUCAAUAUAUGUGUGUAGUAUGUGUUGUACCAU